GGCAGCUAUCACCUGGACACCCCCCUGUGGACAGGGACCUAUCUCCACUGGACCCCAGAUAAGUGUCUGGACACAUUCCCCUCCCUAUCCCUGGACAAUCUGCUACCUCCAAGACUGGAGAGAGGGAGGGGGCAGCAGAGGAGACAGCACAGGACUGAGAGCACAGGAGGAUCACUGGAUCACUCUGCUUCAUGCAAGUUGGGUGGCCUGAAGACCCCGGCGAGGACUUUCUGGAGAUUUUUUAGCCCCUUUUGCCCCCAUUUGUUGCCCCUGCACUCUACUUCUAGCAGGUCAGCCUGGCCAAAAGCUGUGAUGACCCUGUCUGGAGGCAGCAGUGCCAGUGACAUGUCCGGCCAGACUGUGCUGACCGCUGAAGAUGUGGACAUUGAUGUGGUGGGAGAAGGAGACGACUCCAUGGACAAGGACAGUGACUGUGAGAGUCACCAUGAACCUAUGGAGGACGUGGAGGAUCUGGGGGGGAAGGAACUGCUGAGAAGCCCCUCAGACAGUGCCAAUGAGGCAGAGGGCAAAGGAGACCUCCAGGAAGGGAGUGCAUCCAUCCAGAGCAAGCCCAAGAACAGCCUGGUGAAGCCCCCCUACUCCUACAUCGCCCUCAUCACCAUGGCUAUCCUGCAGAGCCCCCAGAAGAAGCUGACACUCAGCGGGAUCUGUGAGUUCAUCAGUAAUCGCUUCCCUUACUACAGAGAGAAGUUCCCUGCCUGGCAAAACUCCAUCCGGCACAACCUGUCCCUCAACGACUGCUUCGUCAAGAUCCCCAGAGAACCUGGCAACCCUGGCAAGGGCAACUACUGGACCCUGGACCCCCAGUCUGAAGACAUGUUUGACAAUGGCAGCUUCCUCAGGAGGAGAAAAAGAUUUAAAAGACACCAACCCGACAGCUUGAGGGACCAGACUGCACUUAUGAUGCAGAGUUUUGGGGCUUACAGCCUGGCCGGUCCCUAUGGCAGGCCUUAUGGGCUUCACCCUGCAGCUUACCCUCACCCGGCUGCAUUGCAAUACCCCUAUAUACCCCCUGUAGGGCCGAUGCUGCCCCCAGCUGUCCCCUUAUUGCCUUCUACUGAACUCAGCAGGAAAACCUUCAACUCCCAGCUCAGUCCCAGCCUCCAGCUGCAGCUGAACAGCCUGAGUACUGCAGCGUCCAUCAUCAAGUCGGAGCCCAGCAGCCGACACUCGUUCAGUAUAGAGAACAUUAUCGGGGUGUCAGCAUCCUCCUCGGCACAAACUUUCCUGAGACCCCCAGUGACUGUGCAAUCAGCCCUAAUGAGCCACCAGCCCCUGUCCCUCAGCAGAAGCACCAUCACCCCAAUCCUGAGUGUACCCACAAACCUCCUGUCAGGACAGUUCUUGCCCGCGGCAACGGCCGCAGUAGCCAAAUGGCCGGCGCAAUAAUCCCGGGCAAACGCCCAAAAAAAAAAAAAAAAAAAACAGACUGAAACGAACUGCAAAAAAAAUAAUAAUUAAAAAUAAUAACAAUAAUAGGUGAACCCAUGAAAAGGGACUGCUGUAUUGUAUCUGUACAUCCCCUGGAAUGCAUUGUGUACAGGUAACAAUCUCUAUAGAUCAUUUGUAAAUAUUUGUAUCAGAGAAAAAAAAAAAAGAAAAAGAUAAGAAAUAAUUAUAUUUCAUCGGUUUUCCUUGCUGGGGUUUAUAUUUUUGUAAGAAAAUCGUAGGGUUUAGGGCA